AUGCAGGAGAAGCUUCCACCAGGCUACAAGCGAGGAAAGCUUAGGGCAUUCUAUUCCUCAGCAGUUCCGCAGCCUGUGCUUGCCCUCGUCAAGUUCACCAAAAUUGACCACCUAUACCUAUUUCUCGUUGCUGCUAUAGCAUUUUCCGUGCGCUUCUUCAAACUUCCGAGCCCUUCAAAAGUCGUGUUCGAUGAGGUUCAUUUUGGAGGGUUCGCCAGGAAUUACUUCAAUGGAGAAUUCUUUGUGGACGUGCAUCCUCCACUCGGAAAGCUCACGUUCUAUUUAAUAGCAUUACUCUUCAAUUGGGAUGGAGACUUUGACUUUGAGCAUAUUGGUGAUCCUUACGACAAAAAUGUGCCUUUUGUCGCCAUGAGAGCUGUUUCUGCUGCUUGUGGGAUGUUGACAGUGGUUUUGACAUACUGCACUCUUCGAUCCACAUGCUGUCGCCCGCUAGUGUCUCUCUUUGGCGCCUUCUUGGUACUUGUGGAAAACUCUCUAGCCACGCAGUCUCGUUUUAUUAUGCUCGAUAGCCAGCUCAUUGCGUAUGUUGCUGCUACAGUAUACUGCUACAAACUGUUUGAGACGUCUGUCGCUUUCACUAAACAAUGGUACAGGUACCUAUUCUUGACAGGUAUAAGUCUUGGUCUUGCUACAUCCGUCAAGCUCACUGGACUUUUCACUGUUGUGUGGGUUUUAGCUUUAUCUGUUUACCAAAUAUACCUCAUCGCUGGUGAUUUGGAUGUGCUGAUCAAGCAAUGUGUAAAGCACGUUGUGAGCAGGUUCAUUGCUUUCUUGCUCAUUCCUUUGACAGUAUACUGCGGUAUUUUUGCUGUGCAUUUCAUCUUGUUGCCAAAAAAUGGCCCUGGCUCCGGCUUCGUUUCUCCUACUUUUAAGUCACAAUUCAUUGAUUCUAGCGAUCUCAAGGAAACCGCUGUGGAUGUAUCCUAUGGUAGCACCAUCACAUUGAGGCAUCACCGUCUAAAUUCUUACUUACACUCUCAUAAGUUUCCUUAUAAAACUGGCACCCAUGAACAACAAGUUACGAUGUAUGAGCAUGAGGGCGAUGGAAACAACGAAUGGGUCAUCGAGACUACAGGAACAAAUUAUGACGGUAAGUUUGACGGAAGGUUCAGAGCGAUCAAGGAUGGAGACUAUGUGAAGCUCUACCAUAAAUUCACCCAGAAAUACUUGCGUGCAAAUGAUAUGAGACCUCCCAAUUCCGAGCAUGACUACUCCAACGAAGUUUCAUGUAACGGGAAUAGAACAGACACUCAGGACAGUAACUACGAAUGGAAGGUCAAGAUUGUUGGCCGCAAACCCCAUGCUGAAAAUCAGUUGCCCAACAUAAAGGUGAGGGCCACCGAAUCAGUAUUCCAACUUGUCCACAGAGGAACAAACUGCGUCCUUAUGGGUCACGAUACCAGACUUCCCGACUGGGCGUUCCAUCAAUACCAAGUGCUCUGUGUGAACGAACCCACCAUGCCAAACACUCUUUGGUAUGUCGAGAGUAACAACCAUCCUGUCAUUGACAAGGAUGUGGAUAAGUAUCCCCGUGUAAAGCUCCCCAGAAUGCUGCUUUACGAUAAGCUCGUUGAGUACCAUCAGGCUAUGUGGAGAGCAAACAAGGGAUUUGUGAAGCCACACAAGUACGCAAGCCUUCCAUUUGAGUGGCCAUUUGUCACGAGAGGAAUUGCUUACUUCACCACAGGCAACACAGACGGCAUCUUGACAGAUGAAAAUCCGGGUCAAGUCUAUCUUUUGGGCAAUGUUGCCAUCUACUACGUGGGCAUAUUUUUGAUCGCAUCGUUCUCCUUCAAACUUAGUCUCUAUAUCUUAAAGCACUUGAAUCCCUUCAACUUACCGCAAGAGCCACUAUUACAGACAGUUUAUUACCACGCGAAUGCAAGUUUCCUUAUGGGGUGGAUCUUGAAUUAUUUCCCAUACUUACAUAUGACGCGGCAGUUGUUCAGUCACCACUACCUCACGAGUGUACUCUUCAUGAUUAUGGCCAUCAGUCAAUACAUGGAGUAUCAAAUGGUGAAGAACCGCUUAGUGGGAAUCGCAGCCAUGACAGUUGUAUUAUUGGCGGCCACCUAUUGUUUUGUCACGUUUUUGCCCUUGAUAUAUAGCACAGACUGGACGAAAUCAAAGUGCCAGAAUGCCAGGUGGUUCUCAAGCUGGGACUUUGACUGUUCAAUUUAUACCGACUAG